AUGGGCCCCUGUACCGCCUCCUCAUGCUGCUGCCAGGCCCGUAAUCUGCCAUGGGCCCCCGUACCAACUCCUCAUGCUGCUGCCAGGCCCGUAAUCUGUCAUGGGCCCCUGUACCGCCUCCUCAUGCUGCUGCCAGGUCCAGAGUGUGUCAUGGGUCCCUGUACGGCCUCCCAUUGCUGCUGUCUCCAUCGCCACACUCUGCCAUGUGCCACUUUCAGGUCUCCUCACACUGCUGGUGGUUUCCAUUUUUGUCAUAGGGUGCUGUAUGGCCUCCCAUUGCUGCUGCCUCCACCGCCACACUGUGGCUCCACACUCUGGUUUUGGCCCCGUGACUGCCCAAAUGAGUGAAGUGUGCGGUGAUUCUAAGAUCGACGGCACUCAUCUGCAUGUCAUACUGACUGACAGUAUUAUUUCUCUUCCCCAGCAGACUCCAAGGGCAUUUAAAUUAAAGGUACAGUGUUCUGCACUAAUAUAA